CCUCCGCGCAGUCGCUAUUCACGAGCUUGUGUGAGGGAGACGGCGCCAUAUUUAGAGAUAUGUUGUUGUUUGUCUUUUCUCGUCUUGAGGGAUAAUCAAGCACUAGAUUAGUUGGUGAAUGUAUUUCAGUCAGUACUGCUAAUUCGUUUGUAAUAUCGCCGGACGGACACCGUAAGCUUUCAACGUUAUCAGCGUAAUUUCUCGCUAAAUAUGUCUGGUGUUAUUCGAGGCCCUGCAGGGAACAACGACUGUCGGAUUUACGUUGGCAAUUUACCCCCCGAUAUUCGCACCAAGGACGUGGAGGAUGUGUUUUACAAAUACGGAGCCAUUCGGGAUAUCGACCUGAAAAACCGAAGAGGAGGUCCACCGUUUGCAUUCGUGGAGUUCGAGGAUCCGAGAGAUGCAGAGGAUGCUGUGUAUGGACGAGAUGGCUAUGACUAUGAUGGCUAUCGUCUUCGAGUGGAGUUCCCAAGGAGUGGCAGGGGAGGUGGAAGAGGUGGAGGUGGUGUUGGAGCUCCCAGAGGCAGAUAUGGCCCUCCAUCCAGGCGCUCUGAAUACAGGGUCAUAGUGUCAGGACUUCCUCCUAGUGGCAGCUGGCAGGACCUUAAGGAUCACAUGCGUGAAGCAGGUGAUGUAUGUUAUGCUGACGUUUUCCGAGAUGGCACUGGCGUUGUGGAGUUUGUGCGCAAAGAAGACAUGACCUACGCUGUUCGAAAGCUGGAUAACACUAAGUUCCGAUCACAUGAGGGUGAGACAGCAUAUGUCCGUGUAAAGGUGGAUGGCCCGCGCAGCCCCAGUUAUGGGCGCUCUCACAGCCGCAGCAAGAGUCGCAGCCGGAGUAACAGCCGCAGUCGCAGCUACUCUCCACGCCACAACCGAGGAUCUCCACGUUACUCGCCCCAUCACAGCCGUUCCCGUUCCCGCACCUAAACAUCCAUAUCACAGCCAGUUGGCUGGCCAUACUCAUACACCCUGUGUUGCCCUCAAUUGGACCCACUGUUAUACUUCAUUGCUCUCUUGACAUGUUUUGUCUCUCCACUUUCCCUGGUUUGCUUUAUCUCAUCUUUGGUUUGUCUCACAAUAUCCAAACAUUAGAUAUUUUAUGGUUGUCAUUUGGCUUAUGACAGUUAAGUGAAUGUUCUAUUUUUUUUCUCACUUCCUUCCCUGUCAUUCCUUUUUUUGUUGUUGUAUCCUACCUAUCCCAUGACCUUGGUGUGUGUUUGUCUUGCAAUCACAUUUGAACUGGAUCUUCAUACUCCUUUGUAUACUAUGUUUGAGACAAGGGACAUGUUUAAAUGCUUGUUAAGUUGUUGUGUGUUUAAUUUGAUAUAGUUUUUUGUUAAUGAUGCUUAAUUUAGUUGUUUUUCUGGGGUGGGAUAUUUUAUUUUGUUGGGCAACUGUUCUACUUUUACCUUUUCAUGUCUUUCUAUAGACAACAGAAGAGCAGGAUUAAAGAAAGCAUUGGAAUAAAGGAUUUUGAAGCACAGUUCAUUCAUAAUAGGAUAAAGCGUUUUUGGAGAAGAAGUCAUUUCAUUUAAGGAAGCAAUGGUAUGGCGACAAGCAGCUUUAGUCACCUAUAAAACAACGCAGUUCUUUUUUUUUUUUCUAAAGACUUACAGUACUCUGGAUUUUCUUUGUUCAUUAACACGUUUGUUUUGCUUUGCCAUUUUUCCUCCCUUCACAACUCCCCCUUCCUCUUUAAUUUACCUUUUUUUUUUUUUCAUGCAUGCAUGUGUGUACUGUCUGGAUGUUGCAAAGCUUGUGCAUACAUUUAAAACAGCGUUCUGUUUUUUGGGUUAUUUUGAAUUUGUCCUUAAAUUGCCUGUUGUUCAGACUGUGCUGGGAUUUGGCCACUGUUAAACCCUCAUGUUUAUUCAUCUAUAGAUACCUGAUAUAUGUAGUUCUCUUGUAAACUUUAUUUGUCAAGGGAAAGUGUCUUUAUUUCAAGAAGUUAGUUUUGCUUGUUUUUUUCAAUGAAAUAAGCUCACUUUAAUUCGCUUGGGUGCUUCUAUAAGUUUCUUCCGGAGCAUAUCAUGUAGUCUGGUAUCCUUUUUAUUGUUAUCAUUAAUAAGAAAAAAAAAUCUAAAAUUAACAUACCGCUCCUAUAAUAAACUUAUGAUAGAUGAUCACAGUAACUGUUCAUUUAGCUGUGAUUCUAACUUGUUACCUCCCUCUUUUUGAUUUUGCUGGUAUUCAAAGGUUUGGAUUGGAGGAGGGGCUCACUGUGUCCCGAUCCUUGGAGCCGGAUCAUUGGAUCAGUUCAGGAUCAGGAGCAGGAUUAGGAUUAGGAUAAGGAUGGAUACAUGGAGCAGGAUCAAUUUACCGGGAGCGGGAACCGUAGGAGAGGAUCCCAACCCCUGCAUCCCCAUCCCCUUUGUAUCCACAUCCCCCUACCAAACCACAAUUAAAGGAGUUAAACACAGAAAAGGAUACUUGACGUCUUAAUUGGCUUCUUUAGAACCAAAUUAUUUUUUUAUUUUCCGUGGAACGCCAAUGAUGCGCGCAGAAGGGAUCCAGGUGCUUCUUUUAUUUUGUAAGAUGAGUUUUUUUGUAUUAAAGGAGCAGAGCAAGGAACAAGAAGGCUGGAUCAGUUGCUUUGGAUGGAAUCCGCAUGAGGAGUGUGGUAAAUAGUGGGUAAUUCUGGGAGGGGGAGGGGAAUAGGGACAUUUUGAGGGGUUGUUGUAGUUUAUUUAGGGUUUCAAAAAUACAAAUGUACUUAUACAUUUGGAGUUUUGCUGUGUUGGCAGUGAUGUUUCACCCACAAUUGGCUACUUUCCCUAGUUUGUAGCGUGUCCUUUUCUUUCUUUCACCCUUCUUUAAAUAAAGAUUGAUUGUCAAUUUAAAUUGCAUGUUGUUUCAUUGUUUAAUUUUUCUGAAAAUAAAUUUUAUACUUGC